AAUAGCCCCAGCAAAAAAAAAUUGAUGAAGAUACUUUAAGAUAAAAAGAAGGUUCCGAUCUGGAGCAAUAAUUGGGGGCUGCAAGUGAUACAUUUACCGCGAGUAGGAAAAUAUCAUAGCGCGAUGUAAGGACAAAAAUCAAAGGAUCUAGUCGGGAAUUUCUUUAUUCCAGCAUCAUGUGAUAUUUCAUUGGAAUUAUUAGUAUAUUAUUAUUUUAAUUAGUAGCACCAGGAAUACGUCACACAUAAAAUAUAUUUUCAACAUGAAAAUAUUUAUCUUUACAUUUAUGUCCCCGAUGAAUGAAGUUGCGUUUUAAUUGGGAAUGUGAAAUGCCAGGAAUCGGGACAGUAUGUCAGUGAAAUUUUUUAUAAUAUUCGGUUUAUUAAGUUUGACCCAGGUUCAUGUGUCAACAUGUGAUACUCCGUUUCCCCCUGAAAGUCAAUAUAAAAACCGGACACCGGAGUUCCAAUCACAGUCCGGGAACAGUUCCCUUAUUCUGUUCGGAAUUCGGAUAAAUAGAUUGUGGACUCGGCCCCAAAAGCUCCCUUCCCGUCCAGAGUUGGUCCUGGAUGCAUAUCCCGCGAGAAUUCACGAGAAUUCUCCUCCAAACACCCUCGUUCUAACCAUAACCGGAUAUGACAACGCCACGGGCCAGCCCCUGGAGAAGCUAUCCAUGGAAGACAACCAGAAUACAAGGUACUUCAAGAUCACCCCCACCGGUACCCUCAAAUGGUACCUCUCGACACGAAAGAUAAUGGACAAGCCGGAAAACUACACCUUCCAGUUCCGGAUUUUAGGAUCGUAUGGCGGAAUCGUCCGAGACACGGAAGUCAAGAUCAUCGUAUCCUCGGAGAAUCUGUAUGCGCCCUAUUUCUCUAUGAGGCUUUAUAAAUUCGUGGCUCUCCGGGAUUCCUUGGACCACGACCUAAAUACACUAGGCGCUGUGUCUGCCACGGACAUGGACCUGAAAGGUUACAACGCCAUCUUCCGAUACUUUAUCUUUGAGCCGGAAGCAUCCAAGUAUUUUAAGAUUGACCCGGAGAACGGACAAAUUGGAAUAAUAUCGAACUUUCCUGAUAAUAUGACGUCUAUAGCGUUCAACGUGACGGCGAUCGACUCGGGAUCUCCCAUCAAGUCCUCCAGUUCUCAAGUCUACGUAGAAAUCACGGAUCUAGCACCGCCGGAAAUAUUUUGUGUGUCGGUGGAGGGUACGACUGCUAGAAUCUGCUGGAAGGACAAUACCAAUGGUUCUGUGGUGGACCAUUACCAGCUACAGUUCGCCAUCAAUGGCCAAAACGUGACCAGCCAUCCGGUGGGAAUUGUGGGUAAAAGAGACGAAGUGUGUACCCAGGUCCGAGCCGGGAAGUUGCAGGCGGGAAACCGCUUGAAAUUUACGAUCAAAGUCUUCAAUAAGACUCAUUGGAGUCCAGAGAGCGUGGAGCGCUUUGUUAACAUCACCAAAAACGGAUUGUAUGGAGAUUGUCCAAAGUUUAGUAAUUGCAGUGUAUUUCAACCGUGUCAGAAUAAUGGUCUGUGUCAAACAGAACCCGAUCUUUCUUACAAAUGCGACUGCGCAGCCGGAUGGGCUGGUCAAAACUGCACGGAAGUAGAUAGGUGUACCACGAACCCGUGCUUAAAUAACGCUAAAUGUGAAUUUGUAUCUAAUUAUAACUUCCGCUGUAACUGUCCAGAUGAUUACUACGGGAAUUUGUGUCAAUAUCAUGAUAAAUGUACUUCAAGUCCAUGUUUGAAUAACGGGACUUGUUUUAAACAAUUAAAUGGAAGUUAUCAUUGCGAAUGUUCCGAACACUAUACAGGAGUGUUCUGUGAAAGCGAGGUCAUAUGUUCGCCUAACCCCUGUGAAAAUGGCGGCACUUGUACUUCCGUUUCCAGAAAGGCUUCCUGCAAAUGUCCGGAUGAAUAUCUAGGGUCAAUGUGCAAUAUACAAAAUGUCUGCAAAUCCAAUAAUCCGUGUGAAAAUGGCCAAUGUAGCAUGUAUUCAGACGGAAGCUACAGUUGUACGUGUGACGAGGGCUUCACUGGAAUGAACUGCUCAGAAAUUGAUGUCUGUCAUCACAAUCUUUGUGAAAAUAAUUCAACAUGUGUUAGAAACGGGAGUACAGUCAAGUGUUUGUGUGCGGAGGGAUAUUACGGGGAACUGUGUAGCUUCUACGACAGCUGCAGGGACCAGCCAUGUGAAAAUGGCGGAACAUGUCAGUCACUUCCGGACGGGAGCUUCCAGUGUUUGUGUCAGACCGGAUACAGCGGAAAGUCGUGUGAGGAGUAUGACGCUUGCACGUCCAAUCCUUGUAACUAUGACGGCACCUGCAGGAAGACGGGCAAUUCGUCGUUUACGUGUGAUUGCGUCGCCGAGAAAUACGGACCCACGUGUGAAUUUAUCAACGGAUGCAAUUUAGACCUAUGCCAAAAUAAUGCCACGUGUAAGAACAUCUCAUCGGAGGGAGACAUUGAAUGCACGUGUAAUGAGGGUUUCUUUGGUUCCCUCUGCGACAGAUUCAAUCCAUGCGACUCCAGUCCAUGCCAGAGGUUUGGUAUUUGCCAGAAUCUGACCAAUAACGGGUAUAUAUGCCAUUGCCACAAUGGAUAUACCGGAAAACAAUGCCAAUAUCAGAACAAAUGCCUGGAAAACCCGUGCCAAAACCACGGGACAUGUCAUUCUCAAAAUGAUUCUUUCCACUGCGACUGCACGCACGACUUCUAUGGAGAAAGGUGUACCAAGUAUCACUUUUGUACGGCGGGAAAACUGUGUAGAAAUGGCGCCAACUGUGAUUUACUGGAUGUUGAGGCUCGCCAGGUUAAGAUCAACGGGAGUUCGGCGAACGUCACCAACUGGUACCAAUGUCGGUGUCCUGAUGGAUACACAGGUCUCCACUGUGACCAGGAGUUCAAGGCUUGCGACGGCGACCCCUGCGGACCCCGGGGUGUGUGCCAGGAGCGGGGGUCCUCCCACGUCUGCUUCUGUCUAGACGGCACCCGGCGCCUGACCUGUGUAAACGAUUACUGUUUGGCUGAGGAUACAGCGCUUGACCACACGGGUCGACAUCACUGGCCCAAAACUUUGGCCGGGGUCGAGGUGUUCCUGGACUGUCCUUAUGGUACCCGGAAAAACUCGCCAAACGCCUUCGCCACCCGGAAGUGCGAAGCAGAUUCCAGCGGGAAAUACAAAUGGCUGGCUCCCGACACAAAGGAUUGUGUUGAGUUGUCCCCAGAGGAGGCUGACUCCAGGUUGCAUGAUCUCGUGUCUUCAACAAAGGACGGUAACUCUCUCACUUCAGAAAAAGUGGCCUCCGUCACCAACGACCUCGAAAAUCUCGCCAUUUUUGCCAAUGAUAACGAGGCUAUUGCCAAGGAGAUGACGACAGUUAUAAGCAACCUCCUGGAGGCCAGAGAAUCGGUCCUUAUAGAGAGUGACAACAAAAACCACUCCAGUAAACGUUUGGUCGAGCUUCUGACGGAGUACGCAGACGCUGUUGUCACGGAGAAUACGUCAUCCAUAGCAACGGACAACAUCAACCUGCUGGUUGUCAAUAUCUCGGACAAAGGGGACCGAGACUUCACCUACAAACCCACCCUGUCGGACAACAAGACUGAGGAGACCGGUGUUACCCUUAGCGUACCAAAGGAAGUAAUGAAAACAUCCGCGAAAAACAGCAUGAAGCUACAAAUUAUCACGUACCGAACGUCCGCCUUCUUCAUACCGCAUGUACCUACGCCAGAAGAAAUAGUCCUCAAACAGCGGGUACUGUCAGCGACCGUACAAGGAGUCAGGAUAAAGAACUUGUCCAACCCCAUCCACUACAUCAUUCCUAAUAUCGAGUCGGCUGCCAAUCAUACUUGUGUUUACUGGGAACACAAUCGGUGGUCCACGGAGGGGGUAAGAACCGUGUCCACGGGAGGGAACGAGACCCACUGUUACACCAACCAUCUCACCAGCUUUGCCGUCAUGCUGGACCCCACCCCCACACAGAUGUUACCCGACAGCCACGAGAAGGCCCUGACUUACAUCUCCUACAUUGGCUGUGCCAUCUCCAUCUUUGGCCUGGCCUUUACCAUUGUUACCUACUCAAUGUUCAGAUCACUAAACAGGGAACGAUCUGGGAAAAUAUUACUUAACAUGUGCGUCUCCAUGCUGCUAAUGAAUGCGACCUUCAUUCUAAUGGCGGAGACUUCAAGGUCAGACGGCAUGGUCCUUUGCACUGUAACCGCCAUUUUAUUACACUACUUCCUGCUGACGUCAUUGAUGUGGAUGUGCACAGAAGCAGUCAACAUGUACCAAGCACUAAUCAAAGUCUUCACUACAUACUCGUCCUACUUCAUCUUAAAAAGAUGCCUCGUCGCAUGGGGUACUCCCCUGAUUGUUGUUGGAAUUACAAUGGGAAUAAACAAACUGGACAACUACCAGACCAAGACUGAUUUUUGUUUCAUCUCCCAAGCAAACGCCAUCGCUUUCUAUGCGGCCUUGUUGGGGCCAGCCUGUGUCAUCCUUGUUAUAAACACCGUGGUAUUUACUCUCGUUGCACGCGUCAUCAUGAAACCCAGAUUUAAAGGAAGCAUUGGAAAGAACGAAAAAGAGAAGGUUUCCCCCGCGCAGGUCCGGGGAGCCUUCACUGUGAUGGUCCUCCUUGGGGUCACGUGGGUGUUUGGACCAGUCGCCAUCAAUGAAUCCAAAAUUGUAUUUAACUAUUUAUUCACCAUCCUAAACUCUUUACAAGGGUUUCUCAUUUUCGUCUUCCGGUGUCUUUUAAAUACGGAAGCUCGUUCUGCUUGGGUGCUUCUGAUUAAAACCGGAACGUUCAAACGAAGGCGUGGACCAAUCGUGUCACAGCACGAGUCCUGUUCCAAGGGGGCCAAUGAAUCCCGGGGACACAUGGGAGACAGCACGGUCCACACCGGAAGAACUACCAUCAAUAACAGUAACGAGAAUCUGCACGUGACCAAGAACGGGGGGAAGCUGGAGAAUGGCCUCCAGUGGAAGCAUGGAAAAAGCGAGGGAAAGCUGGGACAUCGUAGUCCAGCUCUGGGCAACGGGAAGCGGCACAGUGACGAGUAUGAACUCAGGAAGGAGUUUGAUGACCUCACGAAACUCUGAUAGCCGAGAAAGGGAGAGCAAUGGAAUCUCGUGUCAAAUCUUGUCAUCGAUAUGUUCAAAGCUGCCAGGUAUAGGAAGAGCUGUAGGAAGAGGGGAGACGUUGAACAAUUUGUCUGAAAUUGCUAUUUAUUUAGUUUAACACAGACAUCUGUACUGCAAAACCGUUUGCUUGUACAAUCCAAACUCUCGCUCGCUCUCUAUUUCUCUGCGAGAUCUUACUUUAAUAUGCGCAAUUUUCUGAAAGAGAAUUUCGGUUCCAGUAGUGCGGGAAUUCUACGGAGAUUCUCCGUGAAGUCUGCUUUGAGUUUACAACCAUUUUGUGGUUUUGAUUUCUCAUAUUUCUUCUUUCUCAAAGUAAUUAGAAAAUUACUCGUGUGUUCUUAUUUAUUUAUUUUUUUGAGUCAACCUAUAUGAAAAUGAUUAGUACAGAUAAAUAAACCUAUAAUUCAGGUAUUGAAUAACUUUCAAACGUAUAGCUAUGUUGUGUCAGUUUAUAGUUAAUUUAUACCAUAUUUUGACAAUCACAUUUAUAUUUUUAGUAUUGGAGCUGGCAUUAUAAGUAUUUGGGUUGGAGAAUGCAGGGUGUUUUUUUUCCAAGUUUUUUG